AUGGAUGCCUUGGCACAAAUAGGGAUCUGUUGUGGAAAUGUCUCUGUUUUUCCCCCCUGCUGGACUGAAAGUCUAUUACGAGGAUUCGUUUUUGAAGUUUGGGGAGGCAGCUUUCCGCAGCAAUGGCUGCUUUCCGGAGAAUCAGGCGCUUAGGCCAGCCCCCGAGGGCCUCAUGCAAGGCCUGGCUCCGCCUUCGACGUGAGAGUGGAGCUGAGCGCUGUGGGGCCGCCAUGCGGAAUCGUGCGGGGAGCCACUUCGUCCUGGGAGACCGCGGGCUCAAGCAGCGGGUGAAGCAGUACCUGACUAGUAAUAAAUGUGGCCAGUAUGUUGACAUCAGAAUUUUAGCUGCAGAUCUACAGAAAACAUACAGUGCUGAUUAUGGGCGACGAAAAAGAAAUGCCUUUAGAAUACAGGUUGAGAAGGUUUUUAGGCUCAUCAAUGAUGAGUUGAAGACUGAGGAUUUUGCAGCUCUGGAGGAUGAACAUCUGGCUAAGAAAGCAAGACACACAGGAGAGGAAAAUGAUUCAGAAAGCUGCUUGGAUACCUCCGACACUGAGACAGAACUACCUCCCUCAAAUCACAUGAACACAUCUUUAUUGGACUUGUACCGGAAAGGAAAUCCAGACUGUCUUCCAGAAUCUGCUAAAAAUGGGCUGACAAAGUGCAGCACACCUUCACAAACAGUGAUGCCUGGCUCAAAUGCAGUUCUUCCACAAGUAUCAUCUGAGACAAGGAUUUCAGAAGGUGGAUGGUUUAUUGAUAAAAACCCAAGCAGAAAAGAGAAAGACUUUUUUAUCGAUCUUUGUGAAGAAGAAGAGAGUGAUGGUGUCAAACAGGUGACAGAGAAUGCCAAAGAUGUUUCUUUCCUGGAGACUCCAUCAACGAAAAACAGAAACAGGCGAAGUAAAAGGAGAAAAGAAGAAUUUCAGGAUGUAGAAGAAGAAAUACAGUCCGCUCUGAGGAAACAGAAAGUUAAAUCAAAAGGUGUGGAACUGCGGACUUCUUCAGUGAAAUUUGAGGACAUAGGAGGCAAUGAUGAGACUUUGAAGGAAGUAUGCAAGAUGCUGGUGCACAUCCGUCAUCCUGAAGUGUACAACCACUUAGGAGCUGUUCCACCCCGAGGAUUUCUCUUACAUGGGCCCCCAGGCUGUGGAAAAACAUUACUAGCACAGGCAAUCGCUGGGGAACUUGAACUGCCAAUACUUAAAGUAGCUGCUACUGAGAUUGUGUCAGGAGUAUCUGGUGAAUCAGAACAAAAGCUACGGGAGCUCUUUGACCAAGCUGUGGCCAAUGCCCCAUGCCUUCUGUUCUUAGACGAAAUUGAUGCCAUCACACCCAAAAGGGAAGUUGCUUCAAAGGAUAUGGAACGGAGAAUUGUGGCCCAGCUUCUGACUUGCAUGGAUGACCUGAAUAAUCUGGCUGGCACUGCUCAGGUGCUGGUAAUUGGAGCAACCAACAGGCCUGACUCGUUGGAGCCAGCCUUGAGACGUGCAGGAAGAUUUGACCGAGAAAUUUGUUUGGGAAUUCCAGAUGAAGCAGCCAGAGAAAAAAUCCUAAAGACACUCUGUCGAAAACUUAGACUCCGAGAAUCCUUUGACUUUGGUCACUUGGCUCAUAUGACUCCCGGCUACGUUGGUGCUGAUCUCAUGGCACUGUGCCGUGAGGCAGCAAUGUGUGCAGUCAAUAGAGUUCUUGUUAAACCGGAUGUCAAGAAACAGGAAGUAAUGAGAAAGGAAGAAGGAGCAUCUGGACAAGACAUGAAGAGGAAUAUAGAAGAGUUUGCAAGAAACGAUACUGAAGAGACAGAUCUACCCACUAAAGAUGAAUUGCAAAGGCUGCUGCAGUUGCUAAAGGAACCAGAUCCACUGGGGGAGGAUCAGUUGCAAAAGCUGUCCAUUGAGUUGAAUGACUUCAUUGUUGCACUGUCUUCAAUGCAACCCUCUGCCAAGAGAGAAGGCUUUGUCACAGUCCCCGAUGUGACGUGGGCAGACAUUGGAGCCCUAGAGGACAUUCGAGAGGAGCUCACCAUGGCAAUACUGGCACCAGUUAGGAAUCCUGAACAGUUCCAAGCUCUUGGCCUCACUGCUCCAGCUGGAAUACUCCUUGCUGGCCCUCCAGGUUGUGGCAAAACACUGCUUGCUAAGGCUGUCGCAAAUGAGUCUGGACUGAACUUCAUUUCUGUGAAAGGCCCUGAACUAUUGAAUAUGUAUGUUGGGGAAAGUGAACGGGCCGUACGUCAGGUUUUCCAGCGUGCAAGGAAUUCAGCACCUUGCGUCAUUUUCUUCGAUGAAGUUGAUGCUUUGUGUCCUCGGAGAUCCGACCAUGAGUCAGGUGCCAGCGUCCGGGUAGUGAACCAGUUGCUAACAGAGAUGGAUGGGCUAGAAUCUCGUCGUCAGGUUUUUAUUAUGGCAGCUACAAACAGGCCAGAUAUUAUUGAUCCAGCUAUUUUGCGCCCAGGAAGAUUGGAUAAAACACUCUAUGUGGGUUUGCCACCACCUAUGGAUCGCGUUGCCAUUUUAAAGACAAUCACUAAAGAUGGAACCCGGCCCCCACUUGACACUGAUGUGGAUCUUGAAGAAAUUGCUUGCAAUCCUUGUUGUGAUUGUUAUACGGGGGCGGAUCUUUCGGCUUUAGUGCGAGAAGCUUCUCUUUGUGCCCUGAAAGAGGAAAUGGCAGCAUUCAGCACCACAAACAGGAAAGGAGAAAUUAAGAUUACCAAAAAAAACUUCGAAGAAGCUUUUAAAAAAGUGAAAUCAUCUGUAUCAAGAAAGGACCAAGUAAUGUAUGAAGAACUGCGCCAGUCACUGAGCAGGUGAUAGUGGAUGAGAAAAAGGGGAGGCAUGGAAUUUCCUAUGAAGAAUUCUCCUGACAGUCUGUUUUCCAACCAGCUAAUCGUGAAGCAGGAUGGAUUUUCUUCACUGCUGAUCUUUCAUUGCUGGACUCUAUUCCAAAAAGGAAUGACUUUUUUCGCCAGCCAUUUGACAGUUGAUCCUAAUAAGCUGUGCUGGAAGUAUACACAGUUUUAAUAUCAAAAUCCUCCCAUUGUAAUUCCGUUUCCAGUUUGUAAAUAAACCAGGAUAUUUAAUACACAAAAA